CUGUGUAGUGACAUCAUCAGCGCCAUAUUAAAGUGCUGCUGCUAUUUUGUCAGAGACGCUGUUAGCAGCCUGUUUUUUAGAGAAUUCAGGAGGAAUUAGCCUAGCAGCAAAAGGAUCAAGAUCAUGGAAAUCGACACACUUCUAGGAGCUUUUAACGAUUUCGAAAAGAAAGGGAAGAAGGAGACCUGCCCUAUGUUGGAUCAGUUUCUGUGUCACAUUGCCAAAACAGGAGAUGCAUUGAUACAGUGGUCUCAGUUAAAAAGCUACUUCCUCUUCAAGCUGGAGAAGGUUAUGGAUGACUUCCGCACGUCGUCUCCAGAGCAACGGGGCCCAGCCAAUCCCAAUGUGGAGUACAUUCCCUAUGAUGAGAUGAAGGAGAGAAUACUGAAGAUUGUGGAUGGAUAUAAGGGGAUCCCCUUCACAAUCCAGCGGUUAUGUGAACUCCUUACUGAGCCGAAGAGGAACUACACCGGGACAGACAAGUUCCUACGAGGCGUGGAGAAGAAUGUGAUGGUGGUCAGCUGUAUAUACCCAAGCUCUGAGAAAAAUGGGUCUAGCAACAUGAGCAGAAUGAACGGGGUGAUGCUGUCUGCGACUACCUCUGUCUACACAGACAGGAAUGUGAAUGGGCCUGCCGCUCCGCGGAGCCUGCACAGACCCUCUCUGAAGUUCGCUUUGUCGAGUCGAGCGGCCACAAACGGCCUUCCAGACAGCACCGACAGCCAGGACUCGCCCACAGAGUCGGCAGAGAAAGCCCUCAGUGAUUCGUCGUCAUCAUCGUCAUCGUCGUCGUCAUCCUCCUCGUCGGAGGCAGACUCGUCCCACAGCAGCCCGAUGAAGAAUAAACACCUCCAGGAGGACGACGAAGACGACGACAGUACAGUUGCCGAGAGGCAGGAAGCCAAGCGGCUCAAGUUCGACAAGGAGGAAUUGGAGGAGGACGAGGAGGAGGAAGAGGAGGAGGAGAACGAAGAAGAGGUAGACGAAUACGAAGAGGGGAAGUUCUCGCCGGAUCCCAUAGCGCCCCAGAGCUCCUCCAACGAGCCAGAGUCGUCCACGGACGUCGCCAAGGCAACCACGGAGACCAAACCAAAGGAGGAGCCUGUCUCCGAAGAGCAAGAGCCGUCCAGCACACAGACCGAGCCCCUGGAGAGUGCAGACAGCAAAUCGGAGAGGGAAGCCACCGCCGGGCCCGCCCCCGGCCAGAAGAAUGGCGGCGCAAAGGACCAAUCGGAGAAGCCGGCUCCAGCCGCCCCGGGGGUGGUGGUGGUGGAGGAGCGGCCGGAGAGCACUGACCCCGUCAGCAGCAGCAGCAGCGGCGAGGAGGAGACCCCCGGCGAGGACUCGGCCCGCGCUCACCCCCGCAGCCCAGCAGAGGGCAGUGUGAGCGUGAGCGUGGUGGGGAGCAGCGUGGACAGUUCGGAGACGCCAGCCGAGGAGCACAUGGAGGAGGACUAGCGAGCAGGAGCAGGACCCGACGCCAGGCCCUCUGCCCACACUGUACUGUCAGCCAGACGUCUAAUCUGUACCAGUGGACCUCUUAGCAGCUAUCCCCCCACCCCACCCCCCCAGCCCAAUGAGAUGAGGGGGGGUGGGGGGGCUAUUCUUGUGGCUAUGCAGAGGACCUGCCUCUGGUGUCCACACGCACAAACAGAGAUUGUUUCGUUUAGUUUUGGAAUAGUUUUGUUUUGGAAGCCCUUGGCAUUGGUGUACAUAUGAAGCCUUUCUUUCCCUCCCCCGUGGCUAUGAUGUCCCAGUUGAGACUACUGUCCCACACGCUUGAAAACAAACUGGAGUGGGAACGUCUUUUCAAUAUCAUGUAUCACUGCAAGCGAUCGUUCCUUUUCAAACAUCAUGCUUCACUGCAAGCGGUCGUUCCUUCUUUUCUUUCAUGUGUUUGUGUCCCAACAGUUCCGUCGGCUGGAGGCUAAUGCCUUUUCCUGUCCUUAAUGGGGAACAAGGAAGUGCGCUCCACUUCCCUACGAUGUCCAAGGCGUUGUCCCGUCCUCGGCAGUGAAAAAAAACAUUCCAGAAGUGCUCUGUCCAAUACUGCCCUCUGCUGGACGAUGCCAGCUUGUGCCACAAAGAUUCUCUGUCAACCCCAUACCACCCUGUUCCCCAAAACUAAAACAAAAAAAAAAAAAAGCUUCACCCCACCCCUCAUAGGAUCAUGCCUGUGAUUUAUUCUUAUUUUUUUAUUAUUCUUUUAAUUUUUAUGGUUUGAAAUAAUAGUACAUUUUAGUUUUUCCAUACCUGACAACCGGGCAAUACAGAGAGAGAGAUCCUGAUUUAGCCGACAGUGCCCGUGUUUUCGGAGACUUGCCAGUUCUUCGUGCUCUCUUUUCUAAAGUGCAGUCCUUCACUAUAAAGAAGUAUCCUAAUUUACCAUCUGAUCUGGUUUCUAUUUUGUUUUUAGAUGUAUUUUGGCCAUCAUGCCACAACUGAAUCAUGUGAAAUGCACCAUUGUUUGGUCAGGCAUUAGUGUCAAAUGAAUUCUUUAACGUUGAUUCCCUCAUUCAUGUUUUUAUUUGGCAUCUGCUCAUCUGCUCUCUGUUUUAGUCUGCGUUGCAUCUUUUACCCAUUUCUGCAACUCCUUUUUGAUAUUUAGAAUUUUUAAAUUUCUGUAAAGUAGAUUUUGUAGAUUGUAAUACGUGUCCACUGCUGUUUGUCAAGGUUUGAAAACAAAAUGGUUCAAAAGAUUUCUCUGUAAAUUGAAUGUUUGGGCUUUCAAUACAGUAUUCAUAAAAAGCAAUAAAUGUUGACAUUUGAGAUUU